AUGAGGCAAUCGCUUGCUGUCGCUUUACGUUUCGGCGCUAUUUGCCUUGCCAUAACCACCAUACUAAUCGGCUACGAUCUCUUUAACGGGAACGGAUACUUGGAGGCCGUAUAUAAGCCAUUUCGAAAUGGCGACCCAAAGAAGGGCAGCAACAGCCAUGCGACCAAUAUCACUACAAGCAUCACUCCAAGCAUCACUUCAAGCAUCACUUCAAGCAUCACACAUUCCAUGAACCCAUCGACUUCUUUGCCGACAUCAACUCCGACCUCUCAAAUCGAUUCAAGCAAUCUUCCAGACGGCGAUCCGGAACUCCUGAAAAGUGCGGGACGAUACAUCAAGUCCAUUCUCGACCCUGAUGACACUUCUCUCCCCCGGCUUGAAUGCCCUCGCAUCGACUCUCAACGCUACGGGUACCUCAACCCGAAUCUAAAGUACCAGAAGCGCAAGUUCUUCUUCGCCCUCAACAUCCGACAAAAGGUCGAUCUCCUCCCCCGGCUCAUGGGUUCCAUCACUGAAGCCAUUCGCUUUCUGGGCCCUGAAAACUGCGCCCUGUCCAUCGUCGAGGGCAAUUCCGGUGACGGGACCUACGAGGUCUUAAAAACUCUGCAAUCCCAUAUGGAGAACAUUGGCAUCGAGUUUCACUUCCAACACAGCGAUCUGGACCCAGGCGCCGGCGAGCGAAUCCCAAGGCUUGCUGAGCUGCGCAAUCUGGCCCUCGCACCUCUGCUAGAUCGCGGAAAGCACUAUUCCUCCGACGCUACAGUACUUUUUCUCAACGACGUUGCCAUCUGUGCAGAAGAUAUCUUGGAACUCGCCCACCAGCGUCGUCGAUUGGGAGCAGACAUGACUUGCGCCAUGGAUUGGACCUAUGUUGGGAACGACCCGACUUUCUAUGACGUCUGGAUCAGUCGUACCAUAGCAGGCGACUCGUUCUUUGAAAUUCCGCCUGACGGCAACUGGAACUCGGCUUGGAACAUAUUUUGGAACGAGGCAACCACGCAGCGGCUUUUCCGAGAUCACCGUCCGUUCCAGGUCUUCUCUUGCUGGAACGGCGCAGUGGCUAUCUCGGCGCAGCCUCUCCUCGAUCGAAUUAUUCGUUUCAGAGCACCUGGCCCAGGAGAGUGCUUUCAAGGGGAGCCAUCCCUCUUCUGUAAAGACAUGUGGAAUAAUGGCUUUGGGAAAAUUGCCGUUGUGCCUAGCAUCAACUUGGAGUAUAGUGAUGAGGCAGGUAGAAAGAUCAAGACAGCAAAGGGAUUCACAAAUCAGUGGAUCAAACCAGAUGAAGACGAGAAGUCGUUAGAUUGGAGAAAAGAACCUCCAGAGAAGGUCAAAUGCAUGCCGAGCUAUGAGAAGCAGGCAUGGGAGCCUUGGAACCAGGGAUUGGAAUGA